AUGAAAUACCCAGGCCACCAGUCUCUGUCAUCCGUCAACUUUUUCUUGAAGGAUAGCUUUCGCCUUGACGAAGUCCUGGACUCAUCCGAUUAUGACUUUGAGAUAGUAGCCUUGCGACCAGGUGACAGACUCUUUAUGAUGCCUUGCCAACCUCAUUUUGUCUUUGGUUAUGCUCACUCAAUAUGUCUUGAUCCCGCCGCAUCUCAUUUGCCAGACAUCAAAGACUUCACUGGUUUAAUGGAUUUACUUUCAGCUUGUGUCCUCGUAAUCUUAGGGAAUGUCCUCGAUUUUAGGACUUAUCGCGCACCCUCUCAAGACGAAUACAAGAAGGCCAAUAAAAAUCAGCAGAUUCUGAUUGACCAUGAAAUCAACAGCAUCACUAUCAGGGAAAGAUUUGCCAUCUGCUAUGCUCGGGGAGUUGCUCUCCAUCUCAUUAACUGGAUACGCAUCUGCUCCGAGAUCAGGGGACCUGGAGGUGCCGUUAUCACUGACUUGCCCUCUCGCUUUUUCAUUCAGAUCACCCAAACCUUGAUCAAGUACAAAGAAGGUGCAAAUACUUCAAAGCUUGAUUUACAGGCAAAUUGCACGUUGGGCAUGCUUAUGAAGCAGAUCGAAAACAUUGUAAAGGUUGAUCCCCAUAUUCUUACUUGGUGGUCGGAACGACAUUUGCUACCUUCCGGAUCGCUGGCACUGGAGAACCAGGAGGAGUACUCUGUUCGGUGGCCUGAGUCCCGACGUAAAGAAUGGUCAAGCAUCAACCAUGAAUUCAUGGAGGAUGGUAUUACACCAUUAGACCGACUGUGCUUUGAGUCCCAACAAGAUCGUCAACAUUUUGAAUCAUCGAUGGUCAUUCCUCAUUUGAAAACGAAUUCCUCUGCCAUGCAACAUCCCCCCAAGCGUACCUGUAAGACCCACCAGACGUGCCGAAAUCCAUACCCUUACACCUGGACCCUUGGUUAUUCCAGUAGAAUAUGUGCACGUGCACCUAGCUAA